AUGGCCAAUUCGGGCCUGCAGCUGCUGGGCUUUGCCUUGGCCCUGCUGGGCUGGGUGGGCCUGGUGGCGGCCACCGCCAUCCCGCAGUGGCAGAUGAGCUCGUACGCGGGCGACAACAUCAUCACGGCCCAGGCCAUGUACAAGGGGCUGUGGAUGGACUGCGUCACGCAGAGCACCGGCAUGAUGAGCUGCAAGAUGUACGACUCGGUGCUCGCCCUGCCGGCGGCCAUACAGGCCACCCGAGCCCUCAUGGUGGUGUCCCUGGUGCUGGGCUUCCUGGCCAUGUUCGUGGCCACGAUGGGCAUGAAGUGUACAAGCUGCGGGGGAGACGACAAAGUGAAGAAGGCCCGGAUAGCCAUGACCGGAGGCAUCGUUUUCAUCGUGGCGGGUCUUGCUGCCUUGGUAGCUUGUUCCUGGUAUGGCCACCAGAUUGUCACAGACUUUUAUAACCCGUUGGUCCCCAUGAAUCUGAAGUACGAGUUCGGUCCUGCCAUCUUCAUUGGCUGGGCGGGGUCGGCUCUGGUCAUCCUGGGAGGCGCCCUGCUCUCUUGCUCCUGUCCCGGGAGUGACAGCAAAGCUGGGUACCGUGCACCCCGCUCCUACCCCAAGCCCAACUCUGCCAAGGAGUAUGUGUGAGCCGGGGGCCCCCUGGCCGGGCCUGGCAGCCUAUGGUGUGCCCGGGGGCCCGAACCGGCCUGGGGCAGAGCUCGGCCUGUGGGCGGGGUGCGGAGACAGACAAGCCCCGCCACCCCGCUCCCGCACCUUGUACAGUUCCCCCGAGGGGGUUGGGUGAGGGACGCAAAAAGAGGAGGGUGUGCUUUUUGUACAGGAAUAAAACCGUAUGUUUUGGAAAGGA